AUGAAGUAGAACAGUGUAAAGUAGAUGAUUGUCUCAAUGCACUAAACAGGCACCCAAAAUUACUAAACAUUAUUUGUAUAUCCUUUCUCAAUAGGUAAGACAAUUUUCUCUGCUUAAUUGCUAAAAACCAAAGGAAGAGAAAUUGUUAACGAUACGACAAUCGCAGCUAUAAUCAAAUAUAAUUCUUUCUAAAAGAAUUUGUAAAUGAAGUUUAUUUCUCUGAUCCUAAAAGCAUAAACUAACCUAGAAACCUUCGAUAUAUAAAUAGUAGCCAUAAAAAAGCGAGAUGUGAUAUAAAAAGCUUUAAAGACAGUCUCUGAUUUACCAUCAACAAUGUAAGUAAGAUUACUGCAAGAGUUGUAAACAAUCAAAAUAAUAGGUUACAUAAAAAAACUGAUUCCGCUUGCUAUCAAAAAGGAUAAAGUGCAGUAUGUCGAUCUCUCUUUAACUGGAAACCAAAACUUUCUUUAAUUCCAAAAAAAGAUCAGCCAAAUAAAUAAGAUCAUAAAAACUACAACUAAAAUGCAAAGUAUAAUUCCAAAUGCUAAAUUAUCACUGAACAUAUCAUUAAAACACAGCUUAUCUUCAGGAUUACUGUCUAGCUACUGCUACUAUAGUCUAUAAAACUUUUAAUAAUCUAUCACAUUUAAGCCAUUCAUCAAUAAAUUUGUAUAAAUAAAUAUCUUAGUUUUAUUCUUUAAUUUCUUUAAUGAGUAAAUAUUCCAAUUUUGA